CCCGCGCCGCCCGCCGAGCCCCGGAGCCCGAGCGGAGCGGCGGAGCCGAGACGGCGGCGGCGCCCGUGGGAUGCGGGGAUCGCGCCCCCGGGGCCGCUGAGCCUGCGCCCAGUGCCCCGAGCCCCGCGCCGAGCCGAGUCCGCGCCGAGCCUCAGCCGCCCAUCCCGGGGCCCGGGCCGGGGGACCAGCAGGCCACGCGAGGACCGCCUGGGCCCCAGAAGCAGGAUGAGAAAAUGGCAGACUUCCUGUUACCUCGGGGCACCAGCAGCUUCCGCAGGUUCACCCGGGAGUCCCUGGCGGCCAUCGAGAAGCGCAUGGCGGAGAAGCAAGCCCGGGGCUCGGCCGCCUCGCAGGAGAGCCGGGAAGGGCUGCCCGAGGAGGAGGCUCCCCGGCCCCAGCUGGACCUGCAGGCCUCCAGAAAGCUGCCGGAUCUCUACGGCAACCCGCCCCGAGAGCUGAUCGGGGAGCCCCUGGAGGACCUGGACCCCUUCUACAGCACCCAAAAGACCUUCAUCGUGCUGAAUAAAGGCAAGACCAUCUUCCGGUUCAGUGCCACGAAUGCCUUGUAUGUCCUCAGUCCCUUCCACCCUAUCCGGAGAGCAGCUGUGAAGAUUCUGGUUCAUUCAUUCUUCAGUAUGCUCAUCAUGUGCACCAUCCUGACCAACUGUGUGUUCAUGGCCCAGCACGACCCCCCGCCCUGGACCAAGUAUGUUGAGUACACCUUCACUGCCAUCUACACCUUUGAGUCUCUGGUCAAGAUUCUGGCUCGAGGGUUCUGCCUGCACGCGUUCACCUUCCUUCGGGACCCAUGGAACUGGCUAGACUUCAGUGUGAUUGUCAUGGCGUAUGUAUCAGAAAAUAUAAAACUAGGCAAUUUGUCGGCUCUUCGAACUUUCAGAGUCCUGAGAGCUCUAAAAACUAUUUCAGUUAUCCCAGGUCUGAAGACCAUCGUGGGGGCCCUGAUCCAGUCCGUGAAGAAGCUGGCCGAUGUGAUGGUCCUCACGGUCUUCUGCCUCAGUGUCUUCGCCCUCAUCGGCCUGCAGCUCUUCAUGGGCAACCUGAGGCACAAAUGUGUCCGCAACUUCACGGCACUCAACGACACCAACGGUUCCGUGGAGGCCGACGGCCUGGUCUGGAAGUCGCUGGACCAUUACCUCAACGACCCAGAAAAUUACUUGCUCAAGAAUGGCACCUCCGACGUGUUACUGUGUGGGAACAGCUCUGAUGCCGGGACAUGCCCAGAGGGUUACCGCUGCCUGAAGGCGGGAGAGAACCCUGACCACGGCUACACGAGCUUCGACUCCUUCGCCUGGGCCUUCCUCGCGCUCUUCCGCCUGAUGACGCAGGACUGCUGGGAACGCCUCUACCAGCAGACCCUGAGGUCUGCAGGGAAGAUCUACAUGAUCUUCUUCAUGCUGGUCAUCUUCCUGGGCUCCUUCUACCUGGUGAACCUGAUCCUGGCUGUGGUUGCCAUGGCCUACGAGGAGCAAAACCAAGCCACCAUCGCUGAGACCGAGGAGAAGGAAAAGCGCUUCCAGGAAGCCAUGGAGAUGCUCAAGAAAGAGCAUGAGGCCCUCGCCAUCAGGGGUGUGGAUACCGUGUCCCACAGCUCCUUGGAGAUGUCCCCUUUGGCCCCGGUAACCCAUGAAAGAAGACGCAAGAGGAGCAAACGAAUGUCUUCAGGGACAGAGGAGUGUGGAGAUGACAGGUUCCCCAAAUCCGACUCGGAGGACGGUCCCAGAGCAACGAACCGUCUGAGCAGCGCCCAUGGCCUCAGCAGGACCUCCGUGAAGCCACGCUCCAGCCGUGGGAGCAUCUUCACCUUUCGCAGGCGAGACCUGGGCUCGGAGACAGAUUUUGCAGAUGAUGAAAACAGCACAGCGGGGGACAGCGAGAGCCACCGCACGUCACUGCUGGUGCCGUGGCCUCUGCGCCGGCCUAGUGCCCAGGGACAGCCCAGUCCCGGGACUUCGGCUCUCAGCCACGCCCUCAAUGGUAAAAGGAACAGCACCGUGGACUGCAACGGAGUGGUCUCCUUGCUGGGGACAGGCGACCCUGAGGCCACCUCCCCGGGGAGCCGCCUGCUCCGCCCUGUGAUACUGGAUCGCCCCCCAGACACGACCACCCCGUCGGAGGAGCCGGGCAGGCCCCAGAUGCUGUACCCCCAGGCUCCACGUGCCGAUGGCUUCGAGGGACCAGGAGAGCGACAGCGGGCGCUCAGCGCAGUCAGUGUUCUCACCAGCGCCCUGGAAGAGUUGGAAGAGUCUCACCGCAAAUGUCCACCAUGCUGGACCCGCUUCGCCCAACGCUACCUGAUCUGGGAAUGCUGCCCGCUGUGGAUGUCCAUCAAGCAGAGAGUGAAGUUCAUGGUCAUGGAUCCGUUCGCUGACCUCACCAUCACUAUGUGCAUCGUGCUUAACACGCUCUUCAUGGCACUGGAGCACUACAACAUGACAACUGAAUUCGAGGAGAUGCUGCAGGUUGGAAACCUGGUCUUCACGGGGAUCUUCACGGCAGAGAUGACCUUCAAGAUCAUCGCUCUGGACCCCUACUACUACUUCCAGCAGGGUUGGAACAUCUUCGACAGCAUCAUCGUCAUCCUGAGCCUCAUGGAGCUGGGCCUGUCCCGCAUGGGCAACCUGUCAGUGCUGCGCUCCUUCCGCCUGCUGCGUGUCUUCAAGCUGGCCAAGUCGUGGCCCACGCUGAACACCCUCAUCAAGAUCAUCGGGAACUCAGUGGGGGCGCUGGGGAACCUGACGCUGGUGCUGGCCAUCAUCGUGUUCAUCUUCGCCGUGGUGGGCAUGCAGCUCUUUGGCAAGAACUACUCGGAGCUGAGGCACCGCAUCAGCGACUCGGGCCUGCUGCCUCGCUGGCACAUGAUGGACUUCUUCCACGCCUUUCUCAUCAUCUUCCGCAUCCUCUGUGGCGAGUGGAUCGAGACCAUGUGGGACUGCAUGGAGGUGUCCGGCCAGUCGCUGUGCCUGCUGGUCUUCUUGCUUGUCAUGGUCAUUGGCAACCUCGUGGUCUUGAACCUCUUCCUGGCUUUGCUGCUCAGCUCCUUCAGUGCAGACAACCUCACGGCCCCCGACGACGACGGGGAGAUGAACAACCUCCAGCUGGCCCUGGCACGCAUCCAGCGCGGCCUGCGCUUCCUCAAGCGGACCACCUGGGACUUCUGCUGUGGGCUCCUACAGCGGCGGCCUCAGAAGCCCGCGGCCCUUGCCGCCCACGGCCAGCUGCCCCGCUGUGUGGCCACCUCCAGCUCCCCACCCCCACCGCCCCCAGAGCCAGAGAAGGCGCCUCCGGCCCGCAAGGAGACACGGUUUGAGGAAGACAAGCGGCCGGGCCAGGGCACCCCGGGGGAUACAGAGCCUGUGUGUGUGCCCAUUGCCGUGGCUGAGUCAGACACAGAUGAGCAAGAGGAGGAGGAGGAAAACAGCCUGGGCACAGAGGAAGAGUCCAGUAAGCAGCCAGCCCGGAGGGGACCUGGGGACGGGCUACCGUCCAUCAUUCAUCUGAUGCUAGCCGUGAGAGCUGAUCGCACGGAAAGGGGAACCAAGCAGGAAUCCCAGCCUGUUUCCGGCAGCCCAGAGGCCCUCCCAAAGCCCAGGGCCUGGAGCCAGGUGUCAGAGACCCCCUCCUCCGAGGCCGAGGCCAGUGUGGCUCAGGCAGACUGGCGGCAGCAGCGGAGAGUGGAGCCCCCGGCCCCAGGGUGCAGUGAGACUCAGGAGGACAGUUACUCGGAAGGGAGCACAGCAGACAUGACCAACACUGCUGACCUCCUGGAGCAGAUCCCUGACCUGGGUGAGGACGUCAAGGACCCAGAGGACUGCUUCACCGAAGGCUGCGUCCGGCGCUGUCCUUGCUGCGCCGUGGACACCACGCAGGCCCCGGGGAAGGUCUGGUGGCGGCUGCGCAAGACCUGCUAUCGCAUCGUGGAGCACAGCUGGUUCGAGACAUUCAUCAUCUUCAUGAUCCUGCUCAGCAGCGGAGCACUGGCCUUCGAGGACAUCUACCUAGAGGAGCGGAAGACCAUCAAGGUUCUGCUGGAGUAUGCUGACAAGAUGUUCACCUACGUCUUCGUGCUGGAGAUGCUGCUCAAGUGGGUGGCCUACGGCUUCAAGAAGUACUUCACCAACGCCUGGUGCUGGCUGGACUUCCUCAUCGUGGACGUCUCGCUGAUCAGCCUGGUGGCCAACACCCUGGGCUUCGCAGAGAUGGGCCCCAUCAAGUCACUGCGGACGUUGCGUGCUCUCCGACCCCUGCGAGCCCUGUCCCGAUUUGAGGGCAUGAGGGUUGUGGUCAAUGCCCUGGUGGGCGCCAUCCCCUCCAUCAUGAACGUCCUCCUCGUCUGCCUCAUCUUCUGGCUCAUCUUCAGCAUCAUGGGCGUGAACCUCUUUGCGGGGAAGUUUGGGCGGUGCAUCAACCAGACUGAAGGAGACCUGCCUUUGAACUACACCAUCGUGAACAACAAGAGUGACUGUGAGUCUUUCAAUGUGACUGGCGAAUUAUACUGGACCAAGGUGAAAGUCAACUUUGACAACGUAGGGGCCGGGUACCUGGCCCUUCUGCAGGUGGCAACAUUUAAAGGCUGGAUGGACAUUAUGUAUGCGGCUGUGGACUCCAGGGGGUUUGAAGAGCAGCCCCAAUGGGAAUACAACCUCUACAUGUACAUCUACUUCGUCAUUUUUAUCAUCUUCGGGUCUUUCUUCACCCUGAACCUUUUCAUCGGUGUCAUCAUUGACAACUUCAACCAACAAAAGAAAAAGUUAGGGGGCCAGGACAUCUUCAUGACAGAGGAGCAGAAGAAGUACUAUAAUGCCAUGAAGAAGCUGGGCUCCAAGAAGCCCCAGAAGCCCAUCCCUCGGCCCCUGAACAAGUACCAGGGCUUCCUGUUUGACAUUGUGACCAAGCAAGCCUUCGAUGUCACCAUCAUGUUCCUUAUCUGCUUGAACAUGGUGACCAUGAUGGUGGAGACAGAUGACCAGAGCCCCGAGAAGGUCAACAUCUUGGCCAAGAUCAACCUGCUCUUCGUAGCCAUCUUCACAGGCGAGUGUAUCAUCAAGAUGGCUGCCCUGCGUCACUAUUAUUUCACCAACAGCUGGAACAUCUUCGACUUCGUGGUUGUCAUCCUCUCCAUCGUGGGCACUGUGCUCUCAGACAUCAUCCAGAAGUACUUCUUCUCCCCAACGCUAUUCCGAGUCAUCCGCCUGGCCCGAAUCGGCCGCAUCCUCAGGCUGAUCCGAGGGGCCAAGGGGAUCCGCACGCUGCUCUUUGCCCUCAUGAUGUCCCUGCCUGCCCUCUUCAACAUAGGGCUGCUGCUCUUCCUCGUCAUGUUCAUCUACUCCAUCUUCGGCAUGGCCAACUUCGCCUACGUCAAGUGGGAGGCUGGCAUCGACGACAUGUUCAACUUCCAGACCUUCGCCAACAGCAUGCUGUGCCUCUUCCAGAUCACCACGUCGGCCGGCUGGGACGGCCUCCUCAGCCCCAUCCUCAACACAGGGCCCCCCUACUGCGACCCCAAUCUGCCCAACAGCAACGGCUCCCGGGGGAACUGUGGGAGCCCGGCCGUGGGCAUCCUCUUCUUCACCACCUACAUCAUCAUCUCCUUCCUCAUCGUGGUCAACAUGUACAUCGCCAUCAUCCUGGAGAACUUCAGUGUGGCCACGGAGGAGAGCACUGAGCCCCUGAGCGAGGACGACUUCGACAUGUUCUAUGAGAUCUGGGAGAAGUUCGACCCGGAGGCCACCCAGUUCAUCGAGUACUCGGCCCUGUCCGACUUCGCCGAUGCCCUGUCUGAGCCGCUGCGCAUCGCCAAGCCCAACCAGAUAAGCCUCAUCAACAUGGACCUGCCCAUGGUGAGCGGGGACCGUAUCCACUGCAUGGACAUCCUCUUCGCCUUCACCAAGAGGGUUCUGGGUGAGUCCGGGGAGAUGGACGCCCUGAAGAUCCAGAUGGAGGAGAAGUUCAUGGCGGCCAACCCGUCCAAGAUCUCCUACGAGCCCAUCACCACCACGCUGCGGCGCAAGCACGAGGAGGUGUCGGCCACCGUCAUCCAGCGGGCCUUCCGGAGGCACCUGCUGCAGCGCUCCAUGAAGCACGCCUCCUUCCUCUUCCGCCAGCAGGCAGGCAGCAGCGGCCUCUCCGAAGAGGACGCCCCCGAGCAAGAGGGCCUCAUCGCCCACGUGAUGAACGAGAACUUCUCCCGGCGCCGCGGCCCGCCCUCCACGUCCUCCACGUCCUCGCCGCCCUCCUAUGACAGCGUCACCAGGGCCACCAGCGAUAACCCCCAGGUGAGGGUGUCCGACCGCAGCCGCAGCGAGGACCUCGCGGACUUCCCCGCCUCCCCAGACCGGGACCGCGAGUCUAUCGUGUGAGCCGCACCCCGGCCGGCCAGGACGCGCCGGGAGGCAGCCACGAGCCAGCACCCCCUGGGCCCUCCUCGCUUUGGGCUCCGGCGUGGGAGACGGGCCUCGGCCCCACGGAUCGACGAGGCGGAGUUCUUUCUGUGGCCGCCACGCCGCCGGCCAGAGGCCGUUGGCCGAGCCGACCAGACGGGGCACACGCCGGUGGCCGGGUCUGGCCAGGCAACGCCCCGGCGCUCUGCGAGGCAGCGCCGUCCCAGCUGCUGAGGCGAAGUACAAAGCUGAGACUGUACGUGUCGUGAAUGGGCUUUCAUAAAUUUAUUAUAUUUGAUAUUUUUUUACUCGGGCAAAGAACUAACGUUUUUUCCACGGACGUCGGCAGUAGUUCACUCUGCCUUUUCUUCACUCCAAACGGGAGUGUCUGUGGAGCUGCUGGAGGUCUGUUCUCAAAGCAAAAGUGAAACCCAGAAGGGGUUUCCCCUGCUGCUGGGGCUGUGGUGCCAGGAGGGCCGACCCCCUUGCCUCACACGCGUGGCCCCGGCCCCCCUCAGGCACGUGUCAGGCAGAGGGGUUCUUGUCAGUGGGGGCUCACUCUGGCCUUCCGUGGUCCCCAGGGUCCUGUUCGCCGCCUGCGUUUUUAUGCAGGCCAUACCGGGGUCACGUCUACGAAACGGAAAAGCUUCCGGGAGGGAAUGGCCCGGGUCUCAGGGCCGGUCCUGGGCACUGAUGUUGCCUUUUCUUCCCAGGAGGGCCCGGUCUUCUGCAAGAGUAUUAACGUUAAGGUGAAGGGCACAAGGGAACCAGCCCCACGCACAGCCUGGCCCCCAGCUUAUCCCAGCUCCCAAAUCCGGCAGGCCCUGCCCCACGGGCCGGAAGAGAAGUCUGAGCCCGGCACCGUUAGGGCUAAGAAGCUGAACAGGCUUCAGCCGUGUGAAGAAGGGAAUCUGUUGUCAUGGCCAGGGCUCUCUUUCCAGACCUUUCCGCCUCUCACCUUGUGUGCGGGUGUGGGGAGGGGGGAUCUCCUGCGCGGUGCCCAGCGACGCUCCAGAUGGAGCAGGGAGGGCAUCACGGGCCCUGUGCCGGGAAGGAAGGAGCCUUGGGGUGGUCAAACUGUUCCCUGCCCUGGGAGGAGCCUGGACUGUGGGCUUCCUUGGGGAAGAGAGAGGCGUGGCCCCGGACCAGCCCCUCUCGCUCAGCCUGGGGUCCUGGUGGCACCUGCCCGCGGGACAGUCCGGGGCAGGGUCCAGGCGGUCCACGGGUCUUGUGAGAAGGCCUUUUCAGGGAAAAAUACUUUUUCUAGUCCAAUUCCCCCCGGGGGCCUCUUCAGCUGCUGACAAUCCUAUUUAGCAUAUGCAAAUCUUUUAACGCAGAGACCUGUCACCCCGCGAGUGACAGUGUUGGCUGGCGGAGCGAUCCCAGCUCUCCAGCAGAGCCGCCGCCCGCCUCGCGGGGCAGCCCGGGAAGCCGGAAGCCCGCUGCCCCUAACCUACCUCGCCGAGCCGUCGGAGGGCUGGACGAUCGUGAGCUCGUGGCAGUGCUGAGGGGGCAUUGCCGGCGAGUCAAGUAUUACGUUUCUUUUUGUCGCCCCGAGUUCCCUUGGUGGCGGCCCCAGCCCCCACCCCACCCACCCGAGGGACUUCUCUUCUCCCGUGUUCCCCUUGAGUCCAGUGUGGGACGUGGUUUGACCGUCCCAGGCAUACUUCUCCGAGUGGAAACCUUAUUUUCGUAGCUCCCUGUGCUUUGCUCCGGGCUCCGAGCGGCGUGGGCCCCUCCCCGGCACUCAGUGCCCACUGCAGGGCAGGAAUGCGGGUUUGGAGGCAGGCCGGCUGGCCGCCCAGCUGGCCGGAAGGGGCUGUGGUUUCAUGUGUCUGCGGACGGCCCGGGAGCCCUGAGACAGGUGCCCGGGCUGUGGCCGAGGCAGGGUGAGCUAGGCCCGACUCCUUAGCUUUUAGCGUGGCUCUCUCUCUCUCUCUCUCUCUUUUUUUUUUUUUU